AAGACAAGAUGGAGCGACAGGCAGUGGACAUACCACACGCAGAGUGCAAGGACCAGGAGCCACAGCCUUUGGGGGACAGCAAGGAGCAGCAGCAGGCCGAGGAGAGCCAGGAAGAGGAAGCUGGUCAGGAGCCAGCUAGAAGUCAGGUUUCUAGCCCCUCUAUUGCCACCUCCAGUGCCAGUCGCCAGUUGAUGAUGCUGGAAGGGAAGUCCGGACCCUACUUUUCCUCUCUGGACUCGAGCAUCGAGAUCCUGAAGAAGAGGGCCCAGGAGCUGAUCGAAAAUAUUAACGAGAGCAGGCAGAAGGACCAUGCACUCAUGACCAACUUCAGGGACAGCCUCAAGAUCAAGGUUUCGGACCUGACGGAGAAACUAGAAGAGAGGAUGUAUCAGCUUUAUAAUCACCACAACAAGAUUAUUCAGGAAAAGCUCCAAGAGUUCACUCAGAAAAUGGCAAAGAUCAGCCAUUUGGAAACAGAGCUCAAACAAGUGUGCCACACUGUGGAGACUGUGUACAAAGAUCUAUGUGUCCAGCCAGAGGCUAUUACUUUGGAAGAACAUACCCAUAAAGAUGGUGAAUGCUGACAGCUUUCUGAGACAGUCACCUCUUAGUGACAGCCACCAAGAGAAGGCUCAGAGGCCACUGUUCUGGCCACACUGAGAAAAUUGUUUUUCACAGUUCUGUAAUGCAUCUUGGCAAAAACAAACUUGGGCCAUACCCAAAGGCAGCAGGUCCAGCCACCAUCAUGGGUCCAGCUUUGGUGUCCCCAGCAUGUGGCAAAUUUACUCUACCCGAGCCCUGCAUAGUUCAUUAAACGUUUGAUUUUCAA